AUAAUUUGCUACAUUGCAUAUAUAAUAAGAAAACCACGAUGCCCGAUGUCCAGUUUAUACAAGUUAAAAUUAAAAGUAAGCCCAAAACAUGUCGACGAAAGCAAGAGCAGCCGGUACAGUAACCAUCGGAAGUGACUUGACCGUAAACAGAAUGGGCUUUGGAGCCAUGAAAAUUACUGGUGACGGUAUCUGGGACAUGCCAGCAGACAAGGAAAAAGCGCUGGACACGUUGCGGACACUGCCCAAGUUGGGAGUUAACUUCAUUGAUACAGCCGACGCUUACGGCCCCGAAACAAGUGAGAACUUGAUUCGUGAGGUCUUGUACCCUUAUAAAGGUCUCGUUGUAUCCACGAAGGGUGGUCUUACUCGACAAGGACCAGGUAAAUGGAGACCUGUUGGUCGCCCAGAGUUACUGAGACAGUGCGUCUUAAUGAGUUUACGUCGUCUCGGUCUCAAACAACUGCCUCUCUGGCAUCUUCAUCGAAUUGAUCCAAAGGUGCCCCGUGAAGAUCAAUUUAGCGAGAUUCGAGAUAUGCAGAAAGAAGGCCUCAUUCGUCACGUCGGUCUCAGUGAGGUUACAGUCGCCGAUAUCAAGGAAGCUGAAAAGUAUUUCCCCGUUGCAACCGUGCAGAACAUGUAUAACAUUGUGACACGUAAGCACGAAGCCGUCCUCAAAUACUGUGAGGAAAACAAUAUCGUGUUCAUCCCCUGGUUUCCACUUGCGUCCGGUGAAUUAGUUAAACCUAACAGCUUUUUGCACAAUGCCGCAACCCAACUUAACUGCAGCCCUGCACAGGUGUGCCUUGCUUGGCUUCUACAUCAUUCCCCAGUUAUGCUUCCGAUUCCUGGAACAACCUCUGCAAAGCAUCUUCAAGAGAAUUUUGCCGCUGCUGAGAUUCGGAUUCCUGAGAAGUUGUACAAAGAACUGGACGAAUGGGGUAAGAAGGCUGAAGAUACACCAUAUCCUCCCGAGUAAUUAAUGCAUAAUUGUUCCAGAAGUACGCAGACGAGAGAAGUCAUACUUAACUGGAUCUUUUACGUUAAUGCACGCUAGAUUUUUAAAGAAUUCUUCAAACAGAACGGAAAAAGGGUGACCAUCAUUGUUGAGGAUAACGCUAGCAGUUAUGAUGAAGAAGUAUUGUUUAUUUGCCUUAUGAAUGCGAUCGCGUCGUCAUUUAGGGAUUGGAUAUAUAACAGCGACCCCUCCUAGAACUCUAGCAUUAACACAUUGUAAAAAAAUUCAAGAAUGUCGUUAAAGACCUAAAACUUCGAAUAUUUCGAAUAAA